GACGUAUGCUUUUCAGGAAUUCAUUCUCUCAAGUCUCAACAAAACCAAAAAUUUUCAAACAAAAGAAUUCUAGGGUGCUCGUUUCAAAUGGCGGAAACCAGAAGUUUGAUAAUUUCUUGUGUGUUCGUUUGCCUUCUCUUCGCCUCGAGUACCGUCAUGUGCACGGUAGAAGGUGAAGAGUGCCACCUUGUUUUAGCAGAUGCUGUACUUGCGGCUGUAGUAAGAGCAGUCAAGGGAACUCUUGUGAAACUGGAUACCAAAGGAGUUUGCUCUGGUACAGAAAAGAUAUGUGAUGCGUGGUGCCCCGUACAAGGAAAAUUACUUGGUAAAGUAAUCAAGGGUGGGAAUAUUGGUAAGUGCAUCUAUCCUAAAGAUGAUGCCCUAAACGCCGGAUAUUGCGCCUGCUGCCAACUGAACUGACCAUAGCGAUACUAUUGGUUUAUUACCGGAUCGAGCUGUGCUAGGGUAAUCUCUUCAGAACUGAUGGAUCGAUCUAUGUGUUCGUCUGCUAUCUUCAAGUGUGCCUCGUCAGUUGUGCUAUCUUCGUGUGUGUCUCGUCAGUUGUACUUUUGUGUAUCUUUUCUUCCCGUUGUUUGGCUUUAUGUAUUUUCAUUCUCGUUGAGUUUGUCAAAAAUAAAUAAAAAGACAGGGACAUGCCGCACGCAUUGCUUUGUUUAGUUUUC